AUGUUCAAGUUUUUCGUGUUCAUCACCAUUUGCGCCGCCUUGGCCUCGGCCAAUCUGGUGCGUGUGCCCAUCUACAAGAACCCCAAACACAGCAAGUCUCAUCGGGCUGUGCAGACCGAAUUAGCUUACUUGCGCUCCAAAUAUAAUGUACCCAGCGCACGCAGCGCCACCGAGCAAUUGGAUAAUGAUCUGAAUAUGGCCUACUAUGGCAAGAUCACCAUCGGUACACCACCACAGGAAUUCUUGGUGCUUUUCGAUUCCGGUUCCUCAAACUUGUGGGUGCCUUCGGCUACUUGCCCCGCCAGCAACCAGGCUUGCCAAUUGCACAGCAAAUACAAUUCAAACGAUUCCAGCACCUAUGUCGCUAAUGGCGAAAGCUUCUCCAUCGAAUAUGGUUCCGGUAGUUUGUCUGGUUUCUUGUCCCAGGACACAGUUCGUGUAGCUGGUCUCACCAUUCAAAACCAAGUAUUCGCUGAAGCUAUGGAAGAACCCGGUACCAGCUUUGUCUACUCGAACUUCGACGGUUUGAUGGGUAUGGCUUUCCAAUCUAUUUCCAACGACGAUGUGGUGCCACCUUUCUACAAUAUGUGGUCUCAAGGACUCAUUGAU